AUGACAGGAGGAACCGAAGCUUUUCCGGAUUUGGGAAGGCACUGCCAGCACUCCGAUUGCCACCAGCUCGAUUUCCUCCCUUUUCAAUGCGACGGUUGCCAUAAGGUGUUUUGUGUUGAGCAUCGGUCUUUCAAAUCCCACGAGUGCCCCAAAUCUGAUCACAACAGCAGAAAGGUGUUGGUCUGCGAAAUCUGCUCCACCUCCAUAGAAACCACCGGCCGCGACGGAGAAAAAGACCAGAAGCUCUUGUUAGAGAAGCACCACAAGUCUGGAAAUUGCGACCCAAGAAUGAAGAAGAAACCCACGUGCCCGGUUAGGCGGUGCAAGGAGAUCCUCACGUUUUCCAAUACCAGCACAUGCAAAACUUGCCAGGUUAAGGUGUGCCUCAAGCACCGGUUCCCCGCCGACCAUGUUUGCCGGAAGCAAACGACGCCUUCCUCAUCGUUGUUGGUGGGUAAUGGCGUGCACUGGAACGAAAAGUUCAUGGCUGCUUUUGCUUCAAGGAAAGGAAAAGAAUGCGGGAAGAGCGAGCGCGAUUCCAAGUCUUCAUCGAUUACGCCUUCUGUUAGAGCAUAUUAA